AUGAAUAGUGAAACAACGCAUAUACGGCACGGCCUUUGUUUUCCUUCUAGACAAAUUGUUAUUCGAUAUUUUUUUAAUGUGCUCAUACUAUGGUCAUGACUCCAUUCAGUAAUAUUGCACAGAAGGAUGAUUUGUGGUGUAAUUAAUGGAAGCACCUUUUUGCAUUGUGGCAUGCUAUGUAUUUAAGUAGAGAUGACAGCAGGUUAAUACGGCGACUACCGCUAUAAAGAAACAAUAUAAAUGGUUUUAAUGUUGGGAUUAAUAGACUUACUGGAAUUAGCUGUUGGGUAGAUAUUGGACAUUUUAUAUAUGUAAAUUAUUGUAAAUCAACAUGCCUGGAAAGAAACAUGUUUUAACUCAAAACACAUUUUUGGAUACGAUAGCAACCCGUUUUGACGGCAUCCAUAGUAAUUUUGUUUUGGGCAACGCACAAGGUAAUGGUGGUCCAAUUGUUUACUGUUCAGAUGGAUUUUGUGAACUUACAGGACAUUUUCGCUCUCAGGUUAUGGCCAAGAGCUGUGCAUGCAAAUUUCUUUAUGGUAAUGAUACCGAAGAAACCGAAAAAGAGAAGAUCGAAGAGGCCUUGGAGAAUAAGAAAGAACUAAAGACAGAAAUUAUGAUGUAUAAAAAAAAUGGAAGUCCUUUUUGGUGCCUUUUGGAUAUUGUCCCAAUAAAAAAUGAGAAACGACAAGUUGUAUUAUUUCUGGUCUCACAUAAAGACAUUACAAGAGAUAAAGUGAAUUUAUUGGAUAAUAGUGUUACAGAUAUAAAUGAUAAUACUGGAGAAUCAUUUGAUGGCAAAGAUGAAGACACUUUAUCACCACAUGCUGAUCUGCCUGAAAAUUAUAAUUAUGGUCGCAGACGUAGUAGAGCAGUUCUCUAUCAUUUAUCUGGGCAGUUUGAUAAUAAAAACAAUAAAACCAAAAAUAAGUUGAAACAGCUCAGUAAUUUCUCAGGGAGUAUGCCAGAGUAUAAAGUCCAAGAGGUUCAAAAAUCACGCUAUGUGAUUGUUCAUUAUGGUAUUUUUAAAAUCGGAUGGGACUGGCUUAUUUUGUUAUGUACAUUUUAUAUUGCUAUAAUGGUUCCUUUCAAUGCAGCAUUCCAAGGCAGAGAACGCUCACGAGAUUCGGUUUAUUCUGAUGUUGUUGUUGAGAUUUUGUUUAUUAUAGAUAUUUUGUUAAACUUUCGUACAACAUUUGUUUCGAAAGGAGGUCAGGUGGUGUACAUGUCUCGAUUAAUUGCUAUGAAUUAUAUUAAAGGCUGGUUUUUACUGGAUUUAUUAGCUGCUAUUCCAUUUGAUCUUCUGUAUGCUUUCCAAGUUGACACGGGUACCUUAAUCCAUUUGUUGAAAGUAGCACGUCUUUUACGCUUAGCCAGGCUGUUCCAAAAGAUAGAUCGAUACUCACAAUACAGUGUUUUAGUUGUUGCUCUUCUGAUGUCCAUGUUUGCACUUGGUGCUCAUUGGUUGGCAUGUAUUUGGUAUGCUAUUGGUCGCAGUGAAUUAGAAAAUAAUGAAUCUAAUUGGACAGUAGGAUGGUUAUAUGAAUUAGGAGAAAGAUUAGAUUCACCUAUAAUGAAUAAAACCAAACCGGAUGUGACCAUAUCCUAUCUGACAGCCCUUUAUUUUACCUGUAGUUCUAUCACUAGUGUCGGCUUUGGUAACGUUUCGGCCAAUACAACGGCUGAAAAAAUAUUUUCAGUGUGUGCGAUGUUAAUUGGAGCAAUGAUGCAUGCUGUUGUAUUUGGUAAUGUGACAGCCAUUAUACAGAGAAUGUAUGCAAGAAGAUCCAAUUUUCAUUCUAAGACGAAAGAUUUAAAGGAUUUUUUUCGAACACACCAUGUUCCUAAAGAAUUAAAACAAAGAAUGCAAGAAUACUUUCAAACUAUGUGGUCUAUGAAUCAUGGUAUUGAUAUUAAUGAGGUGCUUAAAGACUUUCCUGAGGAAAUGAGAGGAGAAAUCAGUCUACAUUUACAUAAAGAAAUUCUUUCAUUGCCCAUAUUUGAAAAUGCUACCCAAGGAUGCCUGAAGUCAAUAUCUCUCCAAACUAAGCGUAUAUUCUGUGCUCCUGCUGAAUUUUUAGUACGACGUGGAGAUACAGUUAAUUAUAUAUACUAUUUAUGUAGCGGCUCUAUGGAAGUUUUAAAAGAGGAUAUGGUUGUAGCCAUUUUAGGAAAAGGUGAUUUAUUUGGAUCUGAUAUAAGUUUUGUGGAACCAGUGAGUACAUCACAUGGUGAUGUUCGCUCUCUAGCUUAUUGUGAACUUCAGUGUCUUAAUAUUCGCGGAUUAAUAGAUGCUUUAUCUCUUUAUCCUGAAUUUGCUGAAAAAUUUGCAGAAGACAUUCAACACGAUUUAACGUAUAAUUUACGGGAUUGUCGAGAUGAUGAAGAUAAGGAAGAUGAUAGUACAACAGUACCUGUUAUAACUCUUCCUUCAAUAUCAGAAGAUGAGGAAGAAUAUGUUGAUGAUGAUGGUGACAAGCCACCAGCUUUGUUGACAAGAAAUAAUGAUAUUGAUGAUAUAGAUGCAGGCGAUGACAUCGAUCCUACUUCAACACCUCUUUUAUCUCGACUACGAUCCAGGUCACUAAAACUCUCCAAUGGUGAUAUUAUGUCCAGUAUUACCGGUAGCUUCAAGCAGUUAAAGUUAGCCAAGUGGUUAUUACCGCCAUCGCCACCGACAAGUAAGAGGUCUGACACAUUACAGCAGGAAGGAAAUACUCCACGAAAAUUUACUUCAUCCCUGCAUGGCAUGCGAAGAUCUAACUCUAUGGGGACUCGUCUUCGAUAUAAUAGAAAUCACAAACUACGACCAUGUCGAACACUUCCUAGUUUAAAUCAAGGCAACACUGUAAAACCAGAAGAAGGUCAAUACCAGGGUCUUCAGAAACAAAUGGAAAAUACUAGAACCAGUGUCGAUAAUCUUGAGCGUAAAAUGGGGUGUUUAAGUAGUGAGGUUCGUCGAGUCAGUAAUACUGUGGAACAGUUACUAAAAGUGAUAACCAGCUCGGGUAGAUUCCUGAAUCUUACUGAAACUCUAGCUUCUCCAAAUUUAUCCCCCAAUUCCCCAGGGGAAUCAUCAUUUUCCUUUGAACCGAAUGUUGAGGAGAGUUUACCGAAUUUACUUGGUUCUAGUAUGUUGAGUGUGGGUAGUGACGGUAUGAUUAAAAGCGAAAAUAGUAUUCCACAUAUGGUGUUCUCACCAUGUUGUUCAGCUGAUUCCUACAUAAAAGGCUUGUCAUUGUCUUCUGAAAAUUUACCUUAUGAUAAACAAGCUUCAGAGUUGUAUAACAGACAGUAUUUAAGGUCACCUAAACAAACACGCCUUUCCGUACCGACAACAAAUCUUGUGCACAGUCCUCGGGCAAAUCAAAAAAGUCACAAUCACAUUCUUAAAUCAAAAUCUGCUAAUGAUAUGAAGGAGGAAUUUAGUGAUUUUAAUGAACUUAAUACUUGUGAGUUUGAAACAAGUGUGACUUGUUUGGGGAAUCCUCAUCUAGAAGGAAGUAAUCCUGUGUGCGAGAACACUAAGGUACUCAAUACAGGAGAGGAGAUGGCCGUAAAUCAACCUACAAGUAAACUUGAUGUUAAUGAUCAAGGUUCAUUGAUUGUAACUACUGAACUUUGAUUAUCAUUAUUAGUGACUGUUUAAAGUUGUUGUUUUUUUUUUUAAAUCUUGCCUAUUUUGGAUUUAAAAUCUUGUCUAUAUUACAUAGUCCUCGUUAUUGUAUAUCUUUCAACAUUUUGAAAACGGUUUAUAUUUUUAACUUCUUUUCUAGAAGUUAUUCGUUAUUCUGAUUUGAGUGAUUUGACCAUUUUAUGAUGUAAACGCAGACUAAAUAUCUGUAUAUAUUGGGUAUUUCAAUAUUCCAGGUCCAUCUGUACUUCCACAAGCUGAAGUUUGUAUUAUAUCUACAGAUCAAAGCUUGGUUUUUUUUUCUUUACAAAUGCCCAAAUUAUAAAUUUUGAACACGUUUCAGUUUACCUGUUUAAUUUUAAAACAUAUGGUUUUUAAAACUUUCUAAGUAGACUUUUUUUAGUAUGCAUAUCGCAAAGUAUUUGUAUAAUAUUGGUCCCCUAUUUUAUUAUUGUACAUCACAAGAUAUGCCCAUAAGCUUUAGACAACCUAUAUAAAUACUUUCUUUGCAAGAAAAAUAUUUGCUAUGAAGGAUACGUUUUCAGACAAGAAUCUUACCAAAGUGGAGAAACUGUAAGUCAGUUCGCCACAUAUCUAACCCCUACACGUAAAUUUACAUAAUGUAAACGAUACCAUCACUGAUCAAGUUGUCGCUAUAUUGUUUUUACAGUGUGCUAUCAACUUUAGAUCCCAUUAUAUUAAUGAACAUACCGUGUGCUUUGACUUUUGGAUUAACUACACCACUUUUAAUACAAGUGUACAAAAUAACUAAAUGUGAUCAAUCGAAAUAAACUCAAUUUCCAUGACUGAAUCGUUCAGAUUGUUAACAAAAUAAGAAGAUAUUCAAUUCAUUAUUGAGAAUUAUAUUUAUAGAACUGACAGUUGUCCAUUGCUGUGGAUUUUUAAAAUUUGUUUAGUGUCCAUAUCGCAUAACAAAUGUAUAAUAACUGGCCCCCUUAUAUAAUAUAAAUGUACAAUGCUCCUAAGAAUCUGAAUAAUAGAGACUAUCUUAAAGGACAAUAUUGGUGUCAGUCAUUAUUACAUAUGUGAUAGAACUGGUUAAAUACAUUCCAAAUAUAAUUUUAACACAGAGAUCAUUGCUACGGGAG